AUGCCUCAUUUUUUGCAGGGGUUCGGUGUGGGCCGCUUUCCGCCUGACGCAGAAGGUUUGGACGAUCGCUUGGUGCAGCUGCUGCUGCAAUUCAUUGGGCCGAGCGGCGUUCUCGCUUGGGAUGGAGAUCAGUUUUCCCAGGACAGCUUUACUCGAGUCUUGGAUAAGGCAUUGUCAACAAGCAGCGUUGCUGGUGUAGCAUUCUAUUGGGCAAGCCUGGAACAAGACUUCAGACGUUCGUGGCAACAGCGUGCUGAACGAUUUCGCGGCGGCCUGCACUUGGUGCUAUUGGAUGAUCCGCCAGGACACAUUUUGGGCAGUGAUGACAGCUGGGUAUGGCUCGGCACAGAUGCUUUGCGAAUAACGCGAGCAGAACACGUGCUGACACUUGGAGGCGGAGGCGUUGUGGCAGAAGAAGCUGCUGUAUGCCGGCGCGAUGAGGAGCUGAAGCGAGUACGCUGGCACGUGGUCAAGGUUCCGAGAUUCGGCGACGAGACGCUGUCUUAUGGAACUCUUCAUGACCGACUUCAUUCUGAAAAAUGGUCCAACAUGGAGCUCAUCUCUGUGCCUGCUACUUGUAACCGGUCUCAGGCCGAAGCACGUUCAAGCACGGAGCCUGCAGCCUGCACUCGCGCUGCA